AUGUUUGUUUUGAUUAAACGCACUGGUAUCCAUAAAUUAUGGUUAGUAUUAGGCCUGGCUUGUUUGAACUGGAUAAUAUGUGUAUCCGCUGGAAGCUCCACUGAUGUUUCGGCGGGUAGCCAAUUGAAGUCUAGUGCAACUACGCCAAUGGAAGAUGAUAAGACAAGUCUUAGUCAUUCGCAUGAUCCGGCAGCUACUUCAACUGCUGCACCCGAACUUACAUCACGCGAUACUUCAGCUAGUAUGCCUCAAUUGAACCAAACAACUACUUCAACUACUGCAUCCAAACUUACAUCACGCGAUGCUUCAGCUAGUAUGCCUCAAUUGAACCAAACAACUACUUCAACUACUGCAUCCAAACUUACAUCACGCGAUACUUCAGCUAGUAUGCCUCAAUUGAACCAAACAACUACUUCAACUACUGCAUCCAAACUUACACCAAGUAACACGCAGAAUAAUAACGAAACGCUGCCCCCCGCACUAAGAUUUCUAGCAACUAAGUUUAUGUUUCCGUGGGCCGAAUCUAUACAAGCAAUGUUUGACAAGGGCCAUCUCAAAUCAACAUAUUAUAAUGCGUUGACUGGUAUAACACAACAUGUCUCCUACAGAAGUAAGAUUAGCUUCUUUGAAGAUGAAGGUUUCUAUACACUAUUAUUUGGAGAAUCUAACAGAGCUAAAGCUACGCUUGUGAUUUGUUAUUUGACUGACUUGAUGCUGAUACCUGCUAACCUAAGACUAGAUGUCGUUGUAGAAGAUACUAGUAUGGGCCAUGAUAACCUGCUGCUAAGAUCGACUCGAUGGCCCGCAAGCCAACUUAACUUGAGCUUUUAUUUAGAUAUGCUCAUGGCCUAUUCAGUUUUAAGCCAAAAUACAGAUACCAUCCGAAAAGGCCCGGACGGUGUUGUUACAUCUCAUAAGCUUUUUGCCCAAAAUCUUGCCUUCUAUAUCUACAAUAGAUACAAGAAGGGUCGGCUCGACCUAAAGCAAUUGGAAGAUGUAUGUCUGUCGCCAGAUAUACUUGCUAAAUGUGGAAGAAGGCCUGAAUGCACAUCUAUCCCCAAGACUGCUCCUCUAUUCAACUUCUUGGAUGAACAUUCCCUUAUAUUAAACAAGACGUGUCUUAAGACCUUGCGCGCGAGCCCUAUUAUUAACUACAUACAUCCAUUGCGCACAAACCUUUCUAAGGCCAAACUUGAUUGCUUUUAUGAUAAGAAACACAACGCCUUUAUUGUAACCCAAAGCGAGGUCACCUCUAAAACUGGUUCUGAGAUUGUAAAUCUGGAGGGUAAACUUACCUUUGAAGCGGCCACCCUUCUAUGUCACCACCGCUCUGCCCAGGGACCUAAAUAUACCGUACUCGCUUCUAAUAGACACUUUGAUAAGUUUAAAAAGAUAGUGUCCCGAUAUCGAAGCUCAGAUAAUUUCGAUGACUGCUUUACACACGGUUCUAUUGUCAGUGAGUCGAUAGUUAAGGAGGCCUGGGAUAAUGAAACUAGCCGUGGAGCUGUCUCAGCAUUUCGCUGGCCGAUGUUUAUUAUCGGAUCGUUUGUUAGUUUGGUCAAUGUUUGUUUCCUCUCUAGUAACUUAGUGUUGUGUUUCCUACCAAUUAUCAUCAUUGUUAUAGGUACCAUUGUCUCUAUCAUGUUAAUCACAUACAAAUUAUCAUUCACGACCGGCCUAACUACUCACCGCAGACAACAACUCUGUAUUUUUGCCCUCCUUCUACUCCUAACCCUCAUUAUUCCCUCGGCUAUUAUUUGGUAUUAUUCUGUUUCUUCCUAUGGUUCCCAAAAUGUACCUCACAGCUAUAUUAUAGCUGCUAUCUACUUAGCACUAGCAGUAACCUCUAUUUUAGCCGUUCUCAUUAUCAGAUUUGUAACCAGUUCACUGAUGCCUAACUUCGCCAGAAGAACAUACUGGGGCCUUUACUUCUUAUCAGCCCUCCUCGCCCUAAGCAUCCCAAUACUAUGCCUCACGAAGCAAACGUUUGAUGCCCGUGCGCUUUUCCAAACACAUAUUUUGGUUGUCUCAGCAGCUCUUUUUGUUGCCGGAGCUCUUAUUGAUGUCUUCGGUAGAUGGUUCUGCAAGGAAAAGGCCAAUACCGCGCCUGUGCGUUCUAGCUCAAGCAAACAUCAUAAGAUGAUCAAAGUAUUUGUCAUUGGUUUAGUAAUCAUUGUCUUAAAUAUAGCAGCGAUACUUACCGCCAUCCAUUACAACCUAUUAUCUGAAAACACAGCCCUUAUUCCUUACUACGAUGCAGCCAAAUCUCUAAUUAACUCCCUAUAA